AUGGUAGCAAUAUCGGAGCUGUUGCAGGGCUGUCUUGCCCAGUUUGUCUCAUUGAUCAACUCAGACGCGCUCUCCGAUCACAUUGAGGAGGUUCCAUUACAAGAUUGGACGGACGAACUGGGUCGACUUCGCCUGUGGGCAGCAAAUAUCGGUGCUCAUCAGACCCGUCAGUCUUCGCUAGAUUACCGUCUUAGGGAUGCUUCGCAUAUCCAGGGUCAGAUAGUGAGGCUGUUGGAGCAAUUCCAGGAACUUCUCACUGACCUUGAGGAUGUGCUCGAGGAGGAAAGCGAUGACGAAGCGCAAUACGAUGAAUUUGAAGAUCUAGGAGAAUUAGAAAGCGAGAGUUCUACCACAGAGAUCCAAGAAAUUCACCAAGGCCUCGCUGAGACGAUCACUCAACUCUACCAGAUGUCCAUGAUCAUCCGUAAACCAGCACAGCACGAUCGACUGGUUGGAACCAAAAAGCUGGAUUCCGAGCCCUUCGAAUUCUGGGCGAAGCAGCAUACUUCCAACAAAUAUCCAAAUGCAGAUGCGCUGGUUAUUGACCGCAUCAGUUCCGCAAUGGCGCGACAAAGAGCGAUCUUGAAAUAUCGCGAACGACAUCAUGCAAAAUUAAGUCAGGGCAUCUAUUCCGAGAGUGAUGGUAAAUCGACCAUACUAUCAGAAACGGUGGUGACAGAUGUGUUCAAGGAGAUACCUGGCCAAUUUAACGACAUGGCCUCCGAUACUGGCGUAUCUCAAACUUCAUACGGAGGCGCCCUGCUCGAGGGCACUGGUUCAGAUGCCCCUAAAAUACCACCUAUACCGAAAAAGGGCACAAAAAAGCAACCCUUUGAAUGUCCAUACUGUUUUUACAUCAUCACGGUUCGAGACAGGAGAGCAUGGGCGCGCCAUAUCUUUCGCGAUCUGAUGCCGUACGUUUGCAUCUUCCCCGGAUGCUCGACGCCCAACAAACUAUACGGGGGCCGUCGACAAUGGCACCAUCAUAUUCAGCAAACACACGCUACAAUAUCAAUCACGGAUGGUACAUAUGACUGCUCUAUCUGCAAAAAGUGCUCUCUUCCCGCUAUCACGUUUCAGCGACACGUGGGUCAACACUUGGAAGAGCUUGCGCUCUUUUUGUUGCCACGAACAGACGAAGACGAAGAUGAAAACGAAUUGGAGGAUGACAAUCUUAGCAAUGUAUCUUUGGACGACCAUUCAAUAGAACAGAGUUUCGAGGAGCGCAAUGAUAUGAAGAACGCAGCGACACCAGCCUCCGACUCCGAUCCUAGGAAUGAAAAUCCAAUGGAAGGGCUACAAAAUAAAGACAAACAUUCCACGUCAUCAGUUGGGGCAAAUUUGAGUGACAGAGAGACUUCUGGAGAUCUGGAAUCUAACGUGGAGAACAAAUCAUACCCCUCAAGGUUCGAUUACCGGAGUCUAGACUAUGAAGAGUCUGAAGAGUCUGAAGACGACCUCGCUACAAAUCAAAAGCUCUUUCAAAGCGAUAUGCAGCAUGGAAUCGACGGCUGGAUUAAACAGCAGAACACCAAGCAUCUAGAGCACGAGCCGCAGAACCGUGACCAGACUGACGCACGAGACUCCAGUGAGUCGCAGCUACUACGCGGGGAAGAAGAUCCGUACGAAGAUGAGAUCGGUGACCCGCUGCACCGCCUGGAGAGCUUCAAGGAUAAGCAUAGCCACGAGAAGGAGCUGGAUCGGCUAGCGAGCCGCUGGCGUCUCGGGAAGGAUACCAUCGAGCGUGACGAGGAGGAGGCGGAGCGUGAAAAGCUCAUUCGGGAGGAAAAGUGGAAAGAGCUUGCCCGGCUAAAGGAAGAGGAGGAGGAGCGUGAAAAGCUCAUUCAGGCGAUUCGAGAUGAGGAUAUCCGAAAGGCGAUGGAGGCCGAGGAUCAGAGGAAGAAGGGGAAAGAGAAGGAUGAACAGAAGGAGGAGGAGGAUGAAAUAAAAAUUGAAAAGACACGUUGGAUCAAGGUCCACCGCAAACACCUACUACCCGAAACCUUGGAAGCCUACAACCUUCCCUGGGAUUGGGACGAGGAAGAAACCAAAUACAUCAUCAUCAAGCAAUGGAUCAACGAGGACUUCCAAGAACGGCUCUUCGACCACACCCGCCACUUACGCCAGGACAAAGUCGAGGCCCAGACGUCCAACUCAAACACCGAACUCGAGGUCGCCGGCCGCAAGAAGGAUAAAUUGUAUCUUAUACGGAAGAGCAACCCCAGCGGUUAA